GCCGAAGGUUACUGCUAAACUGUCUAGUCCUACACUCUUUCACAUUUUGCCAGCCUACCGCCACCAUGUUUGCUCCUCGCCGCCCCGACAAGAAGAAGGCCAAGCAGGAGCUGCAGAGGAGCAUUGUGCUGUUUGGCACGCUCUGCGUCUCUGUGCGGGCCAUUCCUUACAUUCUGCACCUCUACCAGAUGGCUUCCUCGUAAGCAGCGGCUAGCCUCGUAGAGCUCCCGCGCAAUCGCCCGGGAUCCCAGCAUGGACGCGAAGGCUCAAGGAGCACAGGGCCAGGGGGGUCGCUCCAAGAAGCAGGGUCAGGUUGAUGCCAAGGGCGGGCGUCGCCGCCACGGCCUGGGCAGGCCGAUUGCCCAGGUGGAGGAGGUGGAGGUGAAGGACAAAAUCAACCUGGUGCGCCUGCGCUACGAGGGCGCGGUCAAGGACGGGCUCGACGACCCUACCAAGGUUCUGCUGUCGAAGGUGCACAAGGCCGCGCAGCUGCAGCUGGGCGAGGACCGGCUGUCGGUGACGGGGCACAAGGGCUUCCGCACCGCGCGCGCCAGCCACGGCGCGCACGAGGGCGCGCUCUACUGCGAGGUGCGCAUCACGCGGCUCGGCCGCACCGGCCACGCGCGCGUGGGUUGGUGCACGCGGCGCGCGGAGCUGCAGGCGCCGGUGGGCUACGACACCUUCGGCUUCGCCUUCCGCGACGUGGACGGCAGCAAGGUCAGCAACGGCCUGCGCGAGCCCUACAUGCCGGGUGGGGCGGGCUUCCGCGAGGGCGACGUGGUGGGCAUGUAUAUCCACCUGCCGCCCGGCGGCCGCACGCUGGAGCCGCAGCAGAACGAGUACGCCAAGUACAAGGGGCGCUGGAUGCGCAUCGAGGACCCCGAGCCCGACCCGCUGCCGCUGCCCGGCUCCGUCAUCGCCUUCGCCGUCAACGGCGUCAACGCGGGCGUGGCCUUCCGCGACUUCAACGAGGGCACGUACUACCCCGCCGCCUCGCUUUACACCAUGCCGGAGCAGACCGACGGCGCCACCGUGACGCUCAACUUCGGGCCGCACUUCGCCUACCCGCCGCUGCAGCCGGAGGGCUGCCCGCCGCCCACGCCCGUGUGCGAGCUGGCGGCGGCGGCGUCGGGAGCCGCGGCCGCGGCUGCAGCUACUGGGGUGGCGGGUGUCGCCGGCGGCGCUGGCGCGGGGAUGGAGGGUGAUGGCGGGGAGGGUGCGCUGCAGCAACGGGACGUGCUGAUGGCGCAGGAACUGCCCGGCGAUGUGGCGGCGGCUAUGGCCGGGGCGGCGGCGGCGGCGGCGGCAGUAGCAGAAACUGGCACGGCGAUGGCGGACAUGGCGGCUGCGCUUUAGACAGCAGCAGUGCGCUUAUAAUGCGUGUGUGCGCUGAUGGCAUGCGCACGCUGUGUUGCUGCUGGUUAAUGGGCUGUCAUGGAUGCGACUGGCACAUUUCAGACUGUAGGGCGUGGUUGCAGAGCCAUGACACGCUAACGGAUGUGGAUCUUAGCCUGCCGAAUACGCUUGGGUGGGAGAAGUUGCAGACGGCGUGGCUGGAACGGGUUGCUGUUUGCAUUGCGCGCCCCUGCACAAGCAUUAAAGCACUGGGAUGUCACUGCUGGCAUUUACUGCCGCAUGCACUGGGAAGGUUCCCCGAGGACAGCUGUAAUGCUUUGCAAUCCAAUGAGUUCAUGAGCAGUGGGCUUUAAUUGUAGACGUAUGGGGUGCCUCUGGGUGGACGGCAGCGGAAGUGCAGCGGGCU